CGAACUCAAAUUUUUGGGACGGGUUGGGCGGGUAUUGAUACCACGGACAACUACUUUGUUCCUAACAAACAACAUUGGCAAACGACAUGUAAACGUUCUCCCCCCCAUCUUAAACGACAUAAUACUGAAAAAGAAAAGAACAAAAUCAUCGUCGAUUGGGAACCUGAACUUCUAAACGGCGAUGUCGCACUCCAGCCUUCUAGCUUACAAGACUUCAUCGUAAAUGUCCUUGUUCCCGGUCUCCUCCAUCUCUUUGGUUAACCAUUUUAUCGCAGCUAGUAAAGCUACUGCAAGAAAGUACCAUACUUUGUGGUAAUCACAUCUUCAAAGUGAUGGAAACAAGGAGCCGAAUAAGCACAGAGAAAUAUGCUGCAGAUAUCUCCUCCAUAAGAGAAGCACAUGCGCGCAUUAACCCAUUUAUUCACAAAACACCAGUCCUUUCCUCAGAAUCUCUAAAUGCUCUGUCUGGAAGGAAGCUAUUCUUUAAAUGUGAAUGUUUUCAAAAGGGUGGAGCAUUCAAAUUCAGGGGGGCUUGCAAUGCUAUCUUUUCCCUCGAUGAUGAUCAGACAGCCAAAGGAGUUGUAACACACAGCAGUGGCAACCAUGCUGCAGCAUUGUCUUUGGCUGCAAAAUUAAGGGGAAUACCAGCAUAUAUAGUUGUACCAAAAACUGCUCCAAGAUGCAAAGUUGAGAAUGUCAUACGCUAUGGUGGUCAAGUUAUAUGGAGUGAGCCUUCUCUGCACUCGAGGGAGAGCGUUGCAACCAAGGUAGUGCAAGAAACUGGAGCAGUUCUUAUUCAUCCUUAUAAUGAUAGGCGCAUUAUAAGUGGGCAGGGUACCAUAUCACUAGAGCUUCUGGAACAAGCCCCGCAAAUUGACACUAUUAUAGUUCCUAUAAGUGGAGGCGGUUUAAUAUCAGGGGUGGCAUUGGCUGCUAAGUCGAUCAACCCCUCUAUUCGAAUUUUGGCUGCUGAACCUAAGGGAGCUAAUGAUGCAGCUCAAUCAAAAGCAGCUGGUGAGAUUAUAACCUUGCCUGAAACCAACACUAUCGCUGAUGGGCUCCGAGCUUCUCUUGGAAGUCUGACAUGGCCAGUGGUACGCGAUCUUGUAGAUGAUGUUAUAACCCUUGAGGAUAAUGAGAUUGUAGAAGCAAUGAAACUCUGUUAUGAGAUUCUGAAAGUUGCCAUUGAACCGAGUGGAGUCAUUGGCCUUGCAGCUAUUUUAUCUGAUAGUUUCCAGAAAAAUCCCAAUUGGAAGGAUUGCAGCAACAUAGGCAUCAUACUUUCAGGAGGUAAUGUUGAUCUUGGUGUCAUUUGGGAUUCAUUCAGAAAGUUAAAUCAAACUGGUUGUUAGUCUAUUGAUACUUAAUUGAUUAAAGAGAAAUACUGUUAAUCUCUAUUUUGCAUAUGGCAUAAAUCAGUAAUCUUAGGUCUUCAUUUUGGUUAGCAUGCACUUGUCUUUUCUGAUAUAACAUUUUUGCUGUAAUUGGCAUCUUCUUACAUUAGAUAUAAUUCCUUUGACGCUCAAGAAAUUUUUUA